AUGCGGAGAGUUAUGCGGGGCGGAGGUCAUUUAGAUCUCAGCGAAAGUGAAAUACGGUCCCCACGCGAUAACAAUUCACUUGAAAGAAUAAAAAAAUGUUUAUUCGGUCCGAUUGAUCACAAUGAGUGUAAGUUAUACGUGCAGCAAGAAAUGGAAAAGCAUCGAGAAAAAGCGUCGAAAAAAUGGAACUUUGAUUUCAAAACAGGUAAACCAAUGCCUUCAAACGAGGGUAAUGUUUACGAUUGGAAAAUUUUAAAAGAAAAUGAAACUGUUCCUCAAGCUUAUGCUCUUACUAGACUCCCAUAUUUAAGCCAGCACGCUGCUGACAACUGCACUGUACUAAAAUCUUCCGAUUUGGAUGAUACUCAAAAUAAUCCAUGUUCAAGCUCAUCGAUUACCUCGGCUAAAAAAACUCCCAAGUGCAAUAAGCAAACUGUAAUCACUGUUAAACCAGUUGUAGGUUGCAUAAAUUAA